AUGGAAAAAGAAGAAGAUUUAAAAGAUUUUUGUGUAAUAGAUAAUCGUGGUAGUGAUAGUCCGAUAGAUGUAUCGUGUGAUAAGAUAAUUGAUAAGAAUGGUAAUGUGAUAUAUAAAAGUUAUAAUAAUGUGUACAAACUAACGUAUAAGCACAUAUUUAAAUAUAAAAGAAUAAGCAGCAUUAGUACAGAUGUUAUAUAUGAUGAGAAUGGAAAUGGAUAUACUCCAUUAUAUCAUUAUUAUUAUGAUGAUGUAAUUAAUUCAGAUAUAAAUCAGGAAGUGGAUUAUGUGAUUAAUGAGGAAAUAUAUAAUAGAGAGAGUACAAAACAAGAAUGUUUGAAAUAUGAUAUGUAUGAAUUAUUAUUAUUACGUUUUUUAAAAUAUGAAUGUGAAGAUGAUGAUUCGGAAGAUAUAUUAAAUAAAUAUUGUUUUAUAAGAGAAAGGAAAUAUAAUAAACCAGGGGGAAAUAAAUAUAUACCUAGAGACAGAAGUAAUAAUAACAAUAAUAUAGGUAAUAAUGUAAAUGGAAUGAAUAAUUUUGUUUUAUUAAAUAAUAAUAAUAAUAAUAUGAGAAUAAGGAACACAUAUAACAACAACAAUAAUAAUAUUAACAAUAAUAAUAAUAAUAAUAAUAACAAUUUUAAUAAUUUUAACAAUAAUAAUAAUAAUAACAAUUUUAAUAAUUUUAACAAUUUUAAUAAUAAUAACAAUUUUAAUAAUAAUAACCAUUUUAAUAUUCAUAAUAUUGAUAACUAUGAUGAUAGUUAUGUGAAGGGAAGACAUCGAGGAAAUUAUUUGUCAAGUUCUUUGAAUAAUAUAAAUGGAAAGGUUUUUAAAAAUUUGGAUGAUAAUUGUUAUAAUUUACCAACUAAUAAUUUAUAUAUUGAUAAAGAGGGUAAAAUGCAUUUAACCGGAAAGGAACAUUAUAAUGCUGCAUCGAGUAAUGAAUAUAAUCAUAAUAAUAAAAAUACAAAUAAUUACAAUAACAAUAGUUAUAAUAACAAUAAUUUCUGUAAUAACAAUUAUAAUGAUAAUAAUUAUAAUAAUAGUAAUAAUAAAGGAAUGGGAAAUAAAUAUGAAAGGAGUUUAAAUUAUUUAAAAAAAGAACAUGAUAUGGUUGAUUAUGAAUAUAAUAAUAAAGGUAAUAUAAGAAAAAAUGAUUCGGAGAAAUAUUGGGAUAAUCCCCCGUUACAUUAUUCUAAGAAAAAUAAUUAUGAUAUUUUUACUUUGGGAGAUAUUAAAAAGUAUGCUAAAAAUAAUGAAAAGAAAGGAAAUAAUAAAUAUAUGAAUAUGCAUGAUAAUAAUAGUAAUAAUAGUAACAACGUUCUUAAUAAUAAUAAUAUGAAUAGUAAUAGUAAUAAUUAUAAUAAUAUAUUUAAAGAUAAUGAUGAAGAAAAUUUAACCAAAAGUAAUUUUGCAAAAUGGUUUAAGAAUAAUAAUAAUAUGAACGUUAAUGAAAAUACAGACAUAAUAAAAUAUCUGAAUAAUAAAAAUAGUCAGGGACAUUCAGAUGGAAAGAACAACAAUAAUAAUAAUGGUAAUAAUAUUAUAAAUAAUAAUAGUAAUAAUAAAAAUAAUAUUUUUCAAGGUAAUAGUAGGAAUUAUGAAAAUGUCAUGUAUAAUAUAAACAAUAAUAAUAAUAAUAAUAUUAUUAGUAAUAAUAAAAAUGAAGCGUCUUUUAAUACAGAUAAUAUAAAUACAAAUAGUGGUAGGGAAGAAGAAAAAAUUAGUAAUACUGUUGCUGAAUUAUUAAUGAAACAGAUUUCAAUGAUUAAAGAACGUAAUAAAGGUUUGGAUGUUCUUGAAAAAAAAAAUACGUUUGGUUUUUUAGAUAACAAUUAUCAGAAUUAUGGAAGUAAUAAUAAUUCUAGUUUGGAAAAAAACAAUAUGAAAGAAAAUGAUAUAUAUUCAAAAGAAGCAAGCAAAAGAAUAAUGGAUAUUUUCAGGACAUUAAAUUCAAAUGGUUUAGUGUCCCAAGAAUCAUUGUUGGUGAAUCAAAGUGUACUUAACAAUAAUAACAAUUACAAUAAUUACAAUAGUAAUAAUAAUAGAAAUAAAAAUCAAAAUAAUAAUAAUAAUAAUAAUAAUAAUAUGAAUAAUAUGAAUAAUAGUAACAAUAAUAUUAAUAACAAUAAUAAUUAUUACAAAAAUAAUCAUAAAUAUCAUUCAAUGGAUAAUGUGACAUAUAAAAAAAUCUUUAUUAAUAAUUAUAGUAAUAAUGAUGGAAAUAAUAAUAGUAAUAAUAGUAAUAGUAAUAAUAAUGUGGAACAUUAUUAUAUGAAUAAUAAAAAGAAUUUUAAAAAUAAAAUUAAUAAUUACCAUAAUUUACCAGAUAAUAAAAAUAAUAUGAUGAAUAAUAAUACAUACAAUAAUAUUAAUAAAAAUAAUUUAUCGAAUAUGGAAAAUUUCCCCCCAUCAUUAUCAUUUAAUAAUUCAGAUAUAAAUAAAAAUAAUGCACAAGGAAAUAUUAAUAUUACUCCUAUAAUUAAUUCAAUAUUACGUUUAGAUAAUGAAGUUGAUAAUGUACAUAAUAAUUCAAUAUCUGAAAAUAUACAAAAUGCAAAAGUAAGUAAUGUUUUAGAUUCAUUAAAAUCUUUAUUAAAAGCUUCAAAAAGUCAAGGUAAUAAUAAUUAUAAUAUCCCUAAAAAUUUUAAUAAUAAUAAUAAUAAUAAUAAUAAUAGCAAAUUUAUAAAUUAUAACUCACAACAAUAUUAUCCAUCACAUCAACAGCAACAACAACAACAUCAACAACAACAACAACAACAACAACAACAAACACUAAUUCAAACACAAAUAAAUAGUACUCAUUUGAAUGAUUUUAAUAAAAAAAAAUUUAAUAAAAAGGAAAGGUAUCCAAUGAAAUAUCCUGAAUUUGAUGGAACUACGAACGAAACUAUGAUGGUACGAGAAAAAGCAGAAAGACAACUUGUUUGA